AUGGCACAAGAGCCGGUCGCUCCUUGGUCUCGUUGGGAUCCACCCGGAUAUCAACCACUAACAAGUUAUGCACCGGAUUUCUUUCAAAAUGAUAAUUUUGACGACUCAGGCUUAUCACAGACGCGAUUCGUUCAAGGCACAUUGCUUGAACAAAGACCUUCAGCUAUUAGCGGCUUUGUCGAAUGCAUUUAUGGUUUGCCGAAUUCGACAGAAAGAAUUAUCGAACAAUGUUUAAACGAAGUUGGUUGUUGUGCGACUGGUUGUUGUGAAAGUCGAAGAUGGAUUGAUCAAUAUCGAUGGGCCGUGGCUUUAAUUGUUAUAUUUUGUAUUUUUGUUGUUAUUGCUGUAGUUGUAUGGUUCGUAAUUUGGUUGAUAAAUCGAUCAAAAGACAAACAAUUGAGGCAAAAUCUAAGAGAAAUGAGUUCCGCUAAUUCACAGGUGAGCUUAUCUGGUGUGAAAGAUGCUGGAUAUUACCCAUAUGUUGGUGGACCGAGAUCUCUCUAUUAA